AUACUGAUCGAUCCUUAGAUGCAGAGCUACAGUCAGCGGCGCCGAGGCCUGUAUUACACUGUUCUGGUGCACUCUGCUCACACAUAUGCUUUCCCUGUGUGCAGUUUGCUGCUUUUAUAAUCUUUCUUUCUCUCAUAUUCAAAAAUUCGGAGUAUGGAACACAAGAGUCGAUUUUCUUUUAUAUUUGAAAUUUACCACUUUGAUAAAUUCAAUGGAUAUAACUAUUUGUAAAUCUACAUUGGAUACUACAGCCAAAGUUCAACAGGAUGUUUAGGUGAGUAGUAGAAACGAUGGAUUAAGGAAAGAAAAAUAAUUCCUUUGUGUCUUAUUGAUUAUCAAAUUAGAAAGCUAUCUGUUGCUAUAUAUUUUUUCAAGCGAUUGCCUAUUGAUUUUGGUGCGUGAAAAAAGGGACCUGCAGCUAUACCAAUUGACAGGUGUUAUAUGUAAAAAAAAAAAUAGCUGAAGAAUCUUCUGAUCUCUUUUUUCUCAUUUAUCCUCUAAACAGUUCAGUUUGUUUUGCUACUACCAGUCUCCGGUACCAAUGGUACCAGUCUGUUCAAUCAAUAAAAAUAUGUUCUAUCUACGGUACGAAAAUCAAUGGUCAUGUUGCCUGUGUGAAAAUCGAAGCGACGCGUCUUGACACUAGGUGGUGCUAUUAAAGCUCGAAUUUUUCUAAUAUGUUAUUAGUAUGUUAUAAUAGGUUAGGCUUAGUUUCAGCUACUAUGGUAUACGAGUUGUUUCCAGUUGGCCGUACGCUUUCUUUAUUUUUAUCUCUUUAAUGAAUUUAUUUUGCAGUACAAUGACGUCAUGCAUCUCCAGCGUUCGGUUGUUGUAAAGUCAGUAGAGAACAUUAUAUAUAUAUAUAUAUAUAUAUAUACAGUAUAUGUAUAAAUUUCCUUUAUAUAAACAUAUAUAUGCAGUAUAUACUAAUAUAUAUAUAUAUAUAUGUAAGUGUACUAAUAUAUGUACAUAUAUGUUUACUGUAGGUUUACAGAGUAAAUUUUUCUCUUGAUUUUCCUCCCCAUUCCUCUAAAUAUCAUAUAGCAAUGACCUGCAUUUUUAUAUGCAUAUAUAUAUAUACCUAGUUACUUAGGCGAAUUCUUAGAUAUUGUAUUCAGCAAAAAUCUUAAUCUAUGACUAUUUAUACUAAAAUUAUUUAUAGAUAAUAGUACAUUAACAAAAUAUUGAAUUUAUUGUGUAUGUUCCACAACUCUAUUGAUAUGGUAGGCGAAUAGUAUUGGUAAAUAUCUUUAAAUUGAUAAUAUUAUCCGUUUUGGUUAUAAUUCUCACAACAUCAUUAAACAAAUUCAAAGAUUUUGAUUUAUUACAUGAUUUUUUUUAUUAAGGGAGAGCAAUGAGUAACUUUUUUUUUGUAUUUUGUGUUAAAACAUUUUUUAUUAUGAAUACUGAUGUAAUGCAGAACUGAAUCAUAUAGGCUUGAGUUAUCAUGUGUAUCAAAUGAUUAACUAAUAUUUCAUAAUAAACAAUAUGUUAACUACCGACUUAUCCCAAAGAUGUCGCUAGUGAUACUAUUUAUAAUUGUUGUUCGUGCAAUAGCCGCACGAGGACGCCAGCGCCGUGACCUAAUUUGAAUGCUAGAAAGAAUGUAGUAGUGAAGACACAGUGGAUUUUUUUAGAAAAACAUGAAUUUAGAGGAUUAUACUCGUGAAAUCCAUAGAUUAUUACGUUCUCCGAAUAUUGAUGAUAACCUAGCUACCGUUUGCGGCGAAUUCAAGAAGUUUACCCGAGAUUUCAUCGCCAAUACUGAAUUAGCGUUCGAAUAUCGUCUAAUCGCCUUUCAAAAUGCCGUCGAAACUUUCACAAAAUUCCGAAAAACCUAUCCGAAUCGAACGGAAUUGGAUGAUUUGGGAAAAUAUAUUUUUAUCGAAAUCGCCCGACUAGUAUUAGGUAUUGAAUUUCACAAGCUAAACGAAUCGGAAGAGCCACGAAGGAGCUUCAAGUCGAGCAUAGUUAACGCCUAUUCAGAAUUGACGACUGCCAAAUUAAAAUGCGCUCACGAUUUCCUAGUUUUACAGUGGUUGAUGGUCAAUUAUUGGACGCAUCCGACGCUAGUAGGUAUGAUGCAAGGAGAGGAUUUUGACGAGGAGAGAGCCUUGACUUAUUUGAAGAUGGGCGAAUAUCCCGAAUUAUUUAAAUUACGAAUUGAAUUGCUUAUAGAAAGCGGUUGUGAGCCUCAGGCUCUAAAUCUUUGUAAAUGGUGUGCUAGAAGUCCAGUUUUUGCAACGGAUGUCACAGUUAGGUUAACACAGUUACUUUUGCUCCAUCGACUUGGAAAGAUGCAGGAUUUCUAUAGUCAGUGUUAUGAAUUAUCUUGCUGCGUCGGUGCGAAAAUUAUAGCCAACUUAAUGGAGCGGAGCGGCGAAGCGGAACAAGCUUGUGCCGAUAUGGCUCGAACUUUUCUACUACAGGAUUGGACUAAACCAGCUAAUUAUUGUUGCACGGCUGAAUUACUUCGCAUGUGGAUUUUGGUACAGAGAAAAGCAUCUGAUGUCGAGACAUUUCUGCAUGAAGUAUCUAAAGUCGCUCAUACUUUUCGCAAUACGAAACAGCUUAAUUUACUCUGCGACGUUCUGCAUAAUUUAUAUGAGGACGAAUUUAUCGACUUUUGCACCGACGUCGAAUUACAAGCGCUCAAAAACGACCGCAACGAACUAAAUAGCCGACGCCCAUCUCACAAUUCAUCUGUCGUCUCUUCUCAACCAGUAUCAGGAGAUGAUCCUGCAAUUGCCGCUGACAACCUAGCUCAAACAUGUCGUCAGUUGGCUCGCCUUUAUCAAUCAUCCGACGUCCGUAUGUCGUUUAACUGCUUAUUGACAGCUUUAUACCUGGAUCCAAGAGAUGACACAUAUAAAGAAAUUUUACGUUGUAUUCAGGAAAAAGGAGAAGAGAUUGUAGAGCAAGCUGUGGUGGAUAAAAAUGAUAACAUGGAGAAGACAUCUUUCGAAGAAGUCUUAGAUGUGGUGGUAAGUCUUCGACCGUCUGCUUUUGCCCCAAAGUCUGGCGUCAAUGGUGGUUGGAAGGCUUUAGAUGCCCAAUGUUUACACUACUUAGAAGAGAUAGGCCUUAAAUAUAAUAAAAAAUCAGACUCAUUCACUAAACUCGAACAACAAGUCAGGGAUAGAAUACGACAUGACGGUAAUGUACCCCAACUUAGGGGUAAAGUUUGGAGAGGCGUCAAAUUCUGUGGUCGACCAAUUGCAGCUAACGAAUCUCCAAAGAAGGAACCUGGUAGCGGAAAUGAACAAAAGAACGCAGUAUGUACUCAUUGUCAGAGAACUUUCAAUUCACCAUGGCAUUUAAAACGACAUAUGCGCAAUGUACAUGGAGGGAAUAGUGGUGGUAGUGCUGUUGGUGAAGAGGCAGUAUCUAAUACGGAAGACGAUCUAGAUCAAUCCGACUGGCCCCUUAUUGAUGAUCAAGAAAUAAAGGAAUACUUGGACCAUGAAGAUGAUAUCCUGCCAAUAUUAGACAUUAUGGACGUUGCUAACGAGCCUCCCCCUACAACUACUCCUUCAAACGAUCGACUCAUGCAAUUCCAGUGCCGUUACUGCCAAAAAGAAUUUUUAACAAUGCGUGAUCGUAGGCGGCACGAAGAGUGGUCUUGCCCCAAGAGAAAUGCUACUAACAAUGUCGCCAAGCGAACUGACUUUGGUCAUCAAUGCCCAAUCUGCCAUAAACUAUUAUCAACAAAAGGUUCAUUAAAUCGCCACAUAAAAUUGGUACACAAUGCGGAAGUUCCGGGAAAGACUUCUCCAGAAAGUAAUGAGAAUAAUAAUGAAAAACCUGUCAGCCCAGUCUCUGAGGACGAUGGAGGAGAUUUGCCGUCUGAGGAAGAGCUAGAAGAAAAGGAAAGGCUAAAGUGUAAAUUCUGUUUUCAGCGAUUUGAGUCUAACUCAGCAUGUCUACGCCACGAAAUGAUUUGCGCAGAAGGGCCUACGAAGCCAAAAAAUAUUUGUGAAUUAUGCGGAAAAAGUUGUAGAGAUGAAGAAGAGAAGAGAACUCAUUUAGAAGUCGAACAUGCUGACUCAACGGGAGAAGCGGUUGCAGGAGAUUUCUUUGGAGAGGGUUUAAUGAACUUGUUAGCAAAGGAGGCCGAAGAAGCAGAUGUUAACCAACAACCAGCAGUUAUUAACGUCAGAUCUCACUCUACAAAUUCUACAGCAAUAUUAUCACCCAGGUCAACGUCUACAACUUCUACAGCUAAUGAAACACCACCAUCUAAAAGUAGACCUAGACCACGAAGGCCUAGCUCGAAGCCAUCUCUCAUUCAAUUAAAUAAGGGCAAGGAUGAAGUACAUGUUGAUCAGCAUAAGGAUUUUCCUGGUAUGACAAGAACUCUAAUCACAGUUAAAGAUGAACCUGCAUAUAAAGGUUCAAAAAUUACUUGCGAAGUAUGCUCCUCUCAAUUUGUCGACUCUCAAACGGCACAUAAUCAUGCUACUAUUUGCGCUAGCCCCGGUUCUAAACAGGGAAAGUUGAAACGGAAGUUUAUAUAUUUCUGUCCAUUUUGUGAAACGGUGAUUAAUAAUGCCAAUUCGGUUCCGAAACAUGUCAGGCAAUGCAAGGUGCAACCUCACGACUUGGAACCAAACUUAAUGGAAAAGCGUUGUUCUCUUGCUGAUUGUGGGAGGGUUUUUUACACAUGGCCCAGUCUUCAAGCUCACAUGAAUUGGCAUCAACGUCAAGGAGAUCUACCUAACACUGACCCUCAACAACCAGUUUCGUCUCCAUCAUCCAACGCUAUCGAAUCACCUCCCGGGAGUGCACUUGCAACUCCAGCUAAUAUUGUUUAUGGAAACGAAAACCUUAUGAGCCCAGUCAACAAAGAAGAACCAACGCCUUAUAAUGACUGCCUCCUGCCAUCAAAUGUCAUUAGUCCUCCGCCUGACCUAAGCCAGGGUGUCAAGAAAAAUCAGCAGCAAAUGGCAAUGACCGCCCAAUUACCCAGCUUGGGCACAAUGCUAGGAUGGGGAUUUGAUCCUGCAUCAGGCUCAAGUUUAGACGUGUUACCAGAACCCGCGGAUCCACCCUAUUUAGCCCAUCCUCAACCGUUUUCUGAGGUGAAAGAAAAGCAAAGUCAGGAUUGGAAUUGUUUCCGGGAAUUUGUUAAACAAACAAUCAGUCAACACGUUUUGGGACGCAUGUCUCACACGACUCCUGUUUCAUCCUCAGGGACUUAUCAAUCGCGCCAUCUGUCGGACGCUGAAGCUAAUGAAGAAAGAUUAGCAAGAGAGGGAAAUAGUUACGUUGGUGAAAAUAAUAAAAGAAAGGUUAAAUUGCUACACGGCGAACCCAUUGUUAGUCAAUACGUCGUUGAAUGUACUGGUUGUAACACUAUGUUUGCCUCGCAAAAAAGAUGGAAAGUGCAUAAAGAGAAAAGAUGUACAGAAGAUGCGGAUUCUACUUCGGUUGCAGUGUAUGAGUGCCUGUUUUGUAAAAAAUGUUAUAAUGCUAUGAUGGAUUGUCGAAGACAUCAACUUAACUGCGAUAAAUGUCGAACUAUCCAAUUAAAACCAGCAGACGUUGUACCUGAAUUUUUCUACGUCUGUGAAGAAUGUAGUAUGCUAUAUACCAAAUCUGCUAACUAUAUUACUCAUCGUAUUGCUAAGCAUGGUGUCGAUCGGGAUUUAGCAAAGCGUAUGAGCAUAGAGAGGAGAGAAAAGUACAAACGGUUUAAUGAAGAAGAAAAACGCAAAAUGAUGGAAGAUGAAGGAAAAAGGAUUAUCGAAAAAUGGAAAUCCAAAUGGUCUGGUGAGCCAGAUAAAAAGAGGAAAAAAACCAUAGAAGAAAAAGUUGUAACGGAAACCAUAGAAGACGAAGAUGAGUCCUGGAUGAACUCUCACCCUCAUCAACAAAGCAGCUGGCUGAGUUUUUUGCAAGAUGAUGAGUACAAACCUCCUCCUUAUAGUGAAGUUGUUCGAGAAACUCAAUCUGAAACUCGAAAAGUUGAAGAAACUAAUGAAUUAAUAGCAUUAGCAGAUAUUGCGUCAUCAGCCGUACGUCUUUCUGUAGUUGCGACGCCGACUACACAACAAGAUCCACAAACCGCCCAGCAAUAUUCAACAGGCCUUAAUGAACUAGCAAAGGCUGCCGCCAAGGUGCAUCAUCAAUCAGCUGCUGAUAAAAUGCCAGAAACUGCAAAUCUACUGCAGCGAAGCCAAUCUUAUGAAGAAAAGGAUAAAGUUGUGCCAUCAGUUGUUCAGCAAAAGCGUCAUAGCCUACCGGAACAGAAUCCCUUACUCAUGCAAGUUUUGACUUUGGGAAGAAGUGAAGAAAAGCAAAAGGAAGAAUGCGAAGAGGAAGUAGAAAGUAUAGGCGGUGGAGGAGAAGUAAUGGGAGAUGAAGAAGACGAAGAAGAACCAGAGCAAGAACAAGAAAUUGAAGGAGAGAUAAUUGAGGAGGAAGACGAACCUGAAAUACCACAACAAGUGCAAGAGCCAGUAUUAAAAAAUGCUCAAGUUCAUCAUAUAAAGACCAUACCCGAAAAGGUAGAAGCUCAACCAAAGAGUGAAGGAUACCAACAACAAGCAACCUUGAAUACCGUGACAAACAAAAUGACGAAUGUUCAAAACCAAACUGUCACAGCAAUACAUGUCUCGCCUAAAGUAGUAACCCCUUUGUCUGUAAAUGUAACAAUACCUUCAAGUUUAUCAUCGGUUCCUGUUGACACUUCGAAACUGUUACUGCAAACGCUCAGCCCGACGCAAAAAUCACCGGGAGCGAGGAAAGUCCCUUGCUCAUCUGGUAGUCGAAGAAAGUCGCGUCCCGGAAGUGGAAGUCAACAAUAUUUUCCAAUGCCUGAGGCAACCAUGCAAUUAAGAGAAGAAGAAAGACCCAUGAAUUGUGAAUGUCAUCGGAUAGAUGCUGGUGACAAAUGCCGACCUUGCCAGGAUGCAAUUGUAGCCCGAAUUGUCGCUAAUGUAAGAAAGCAACUUGAUGAAGAGAAGAAGAAGCAAACAGAAGGAGGACCAGUUGGAACCACUACAACAUCAAUGAAUGUUUUACAAAGAAAUAAAAGAAACCGUUCAAGAAGUACAGGAACACCAACGAGAUCUCCUCGUGCCAAAGUUGUAGAAGGAAGUUCAUCCACCAGAAGUUCAACUCCUAGUCAGGCAUCUCCACGACCAUCGGCUCCAUCUCCAGCUGUUUUAACAUCCAAUUUAGUUAGAACAACAGCUCCCAUUAAAAGAUCUGGAACAGAAGAAGAUAAUGACCUAACACUUGUUGAUACGGUAAAUGCUUCCCUUGGUGUAUCGAGUAGCUCCGAAGUUCCUCGACCAAACGAGCGUCAGACAGCUGUAGCUGAAAGAGUUUAUAUGCACGCUAAUAUCAUUACUGCUAACAUUGCUGGUAGACCAUAUAAUAAAUUACAAUGUAGACAUUGUAUGAAGGAAUAUGAUACAUUUAUGAAUUUGGCUCAACAUAUUCAAAAUGAUCACCGAUCCGCUUUUGUCUCAACAUCUAUUCAGCCUACAAAGAAGAAUUCUUUAGAAGGUGAAGAAGAUGCGGAAGUUGAACAAUUUACUUGUCACAAAUGUCGAGAUGUUAAAUUCGAACGAGAAAGUUCAUUAAAGAGUCAUAUGAAAGUGUUCCAUAAAAUGGAAUGGCCAGAAGCAGUUGCCGAAAUGGAGGACAAAAAGAACUCGCCAGUUGUUCUUAGAGUGUCUCAAAAUUCUAUAGUUGAGGGAAGUGAACAAGUUCCUGACAGCGUACGGCAACUUAUAAAGACUGUUACCUCUGGUCAAAAAAGUGUGGUGCAAAAUCUGACAAACGUUACGAUUGUAACAGUUCCUUACACUAUAUCAGUCACAGCUUUAAAAAAUGUUUCUAAAGUUAUAUUUACAACAUCAAAGAGUGGUCCGAUUAGUUCAAUAACUUCAAGUACAACAACAACCACCACCCCUAGUCAGAUUCAUUCUGAGAAGAAGUUAAUCAAAACUGAGGGCGAAGAUCUGCUAGAUGAUAAGAGGGAUGAAGAAGCCGUUGUAAGAAGAUCACGGCGAUUGGAACGAUUGGAAACAAUUGAUUAUGCAGCAAAAGAGUAUAGUUCGUCUUCGAGAGAGAGUACUCCACAGACUAAACUUUUGAAGUCUUUAGAAUUAACAAGGAAAAGAAAAGUAAGCGAUUGUUCAGAAGGAAAUUCAACCAGUUCGGAGGACAAGCGCAUUUCAAAGUUGCAUUUGCAAAGGUCCUUGACUCCGCCGGACGAACGUAAAGGGCCCUUAAAGAAAAAUAAGAAUGAUGACGAUGAAGGUUGUAGUUCUGAGGGUAGCUUGGAAGAACGUCGCUCUACCCGUAACUCAUCUCAGAGAUCUUCAACACCUCUUGAAGAUCGAAAAAUAACAAGAAAUAAAAAAGACGAUAACGUAGAGGAACAAUUUGAGGAAGAUGGUCGAAAUUCUGGGACGCCUACUCAAUUAAGUCGAUCAGAUGACAAAAGGAGCUUGAGAAAAAGAGAUGACGAUGACGAUGUGUUUUCGGAAGAGAGCUUAGAUGACAAACGAUUAGCUAAAGUGUUAAUGCCAAGGUCAAGUACCCCUCAAGAUGAUCGAAAGUGUUUGACUAGGAAAAGGAAAGAGGACGAAGAAGAUGCCUGUUCUGAAGGUAGCUUAGAAGACCGCCGAACUACUCGUCAAUCAAUACAAACAAAUCCGCAAUUAAAGGAAAGACCUUCUACUCCACAAGAAGAGAGAAGAUGUUCUUUACGAAAACGAAAGGAAAAAGAGGAUGACGACGACGACGACCAUAGAUUAACCAGGGGUUCUCUUGCCGCAAAAAAAAGUGUAAAAGUAGUACCGAAGCGAUCGGCUGAAGAAUCAAUAGCAACUAGACAGUCAAAAAGAUUAAGAAAAAAGACUGAAUAA